CGGGAGCAGUUCCGGCGGGAGCGCGCGGCCAUGGAGCGGCUGGGGCAGGAGUACGCGCGGCUGUGCGCGGCGGCGGGCGCGGCCCCGCAGGAGGCCGUGCUGCGGCGGCUGCGGGAGCCCGAGGCGGCGCGGGGCCGCCUGGAUCUGGCGGCGCAGAGCCUGUCGCUGCAGACGUGCAGCGCGCUCGGCCGGCUGCUGCCCGGUGCUGCGCCCUUCGCCGCACUGGCGCUCGGCGACUGCGGCUUGAGCGAGGAAGGUGUAAGACUUUUGUUGCAUGGUCUUUGCUCCAACACCACAGUCAAAUCUUUGGAUCUGAAGGGAAAUAACCUGCGAACCAUGGGAGCUCAGGCUUUGGGAAAACUUCUUAUGCAGAACAAAUCCAUCAGGAGGUUAACCUUAGAAUGGAACAGCCUCGGCAUGUGGGAGGAGGGCUUCUCCUUUUUUUGCCAAGGACUGAGAGCAAACAACUUUCUUCAGCAUCUGGAUCUGCGCAAUAACCAGAUUAACCAUCAAGGGGCUGGAGAGCUGGCCAUGGCACUGACACAAAACAGCAGCCUUCAGGAGCUGGAUUUGCGAUGGAAUAACAUUGGGCUUCUGGGUGGCCGAGCUUUGCUGAACUGCUUGCACAGCAACAAGACACUGAAGAGGCUGGAGCUGGCAGGGAACAAUGUUCCUGGUGACAUCCUGAAAGCUGUAGAACAAGCCUUGAAUCACAAUCAAGACCGUGAGGCUAUCCUGAGUGAGGCCCAGAAUCAAGUGAACAUCCUCAGCAAGGAGGUUUUGAGUCUGAAGGAUGAGAAGAACAAGCAGUUCAUGGAUUUUGUGGAUACUGUAGACAAACAGAAAGAAGAAAGAGCCAGGAGUGAGAAAAUGUCUGCAGCACGAGUCAGCCAGCUGCAGGAAGCUUUGGAUGAGCAGUACUCCAUUAUGAAUUCACUGAAAACCAAGCUGCAGAUGACUGAAGCUGCCCUGGCUCUGUCUGAGCAGAAGGUGCACAGCUUGGGAGAGCUGCUGAAUGCCGUGAAACAGGAGCAGAACUCUGUGGCUGAGGGCCACUUCAGGGAGCUCCAGCAGCAAAAGCAGGAAGGUGCUGAUCGCGAAGGCAGGCUUUUGCAUGACUUGUCUGCUGCCAGUGAGAAAAAUCUGCUGCUGAGAAACCAGGUGGAUGAGUUGGAGAGGAAGUGCAAAGUUCAGCAGGAUCAGCUGUUCCAGGUAAAACAAGACUUGACCAACACAACAGCAGAGCUGAAGCUGCGGGCUGUGGAGGCUGAAGAACGUCUGGAAAUGGAGAAGAGAAGAUUUAAACAAAGCCUUGAAGACAUGGAAUCCCUUCGGGUAAAAGAGGUUGAUCGUAUGGCUCAGCACAUGGAGGCCAGUGAACGCUCCAUGCACAACAGGAUCCAGAGGCUGGAGGCCAUCAGGAUAUCUCUGGAGGAGGAGCUGAGUCAAGUGAAAGCAGCUGCACUAACUGAGCGAGGACAGGCAGAGGAGGAGUUAAUAAAAGUCUGGAGUCAGGCACGCUUGGAGGAGCAGCAACGACUAGAACACCUAGAAGAGAAGCUGCGGCUGAUGACUGAGUCAAGAGAUGAAGCUCAGAACUGCUGCCUUAAGCAAAAAGAAAUGGUUGCAGAGGCCCAGGCCAAAGCCAAACAUUUGAGCCUGUAUGCUGAUGGACUCAGGAGGAAGCUGGAUGAACUUCAGCAGGACCUGGACAGUAAGGAAGAGGAGAAAGUGACAGAGCUAAAUAAGGUGAAAUUGGAGUUACAGGAGAAGAUUGGGCACCUGGAGGCUGAACGUGCAGCCCAGGAUAGGCUGAGAGAGAAGAUUGCAGCUCUGGAAAGACAGCUGAAAGCCCUAUCCAGUAAUCACCGUGAAGCACUGCUGGACAAGGAGGGUGAGAUCUCUCUGCUGCUGGAGAAGCUGAGAAUGAAGGAGGCUGAGAUCUCCAGGAUGAGGGAAGAGGAGGCCCAGAGAGCAAGUUUCUUGCAGAAUGCCAUCAUGGCAUAUGUGCAGGGAUCUCCCUUGGGAACCCAUGGUUCUAGGAAAUGAGAGCAUGGCCUAAAGGAUCCAAAUACCUGCUGUCAGGGAAAGGGCUCCUGGAACUGUGCUGUGGCCUUAAUCUGGAGAGGAGCGAUGCUUCUGGUGUGACACCGGGGAGUUCCUUGUCAGAGCACAAAAGGGAGAAGGUGGUUCCUCUCCUGACAGCACAGGUCUUUGCAUGACCUGGAGAAAGGGAAGAAUUAUGAGAGUCUGAAUUGGGGAAAGUAGUUAUUGUUGUCAGGCCAGCAAUACUGAGCCUUGAGGGAGUUCUUCCUGUGAGUCUGGGGUGGGAACAUAUCUUACAGUACAUAUUUUAAUAGCCACCUGGAAAAUGAAAGUUUCUGUUGUUGACUGGUUGCUUUGUGUUCAUGAUUUUUUUAUAUUGGGUUUUGUUCUGCUUAAUAAAGAACUUUUGCAUUUUGCCAUUAAUGCUG